GAAAAUCAGGAAAUGAUGUUGAAAAGUUCAUAGGUUUUUUAUAAAACAUCUUGACAACUCUGGCAGUCAGUCCUAAGCUCCGAGCGUAGUCGGCUGAAAACAACCAACCGAGGACAUGAUCUAACGAUACGAACUCGUUUUCAAGCCUGAAGCAGGUCUCGUUUUCUCCGGGCGCUCGUUCAUUCUCUCGAAUGCGGGAAGAUUGAACACCACGGUUAAAUUUGAGCCUCUUCUAUUGCUCACUCUCUGUUAGCCGAUUGCCCAUUGAUCAAAAAUGAACUCCAAUUCAAAUUGUGGAGAUGUGGGAAUUCUGGCAAUUGAAAUAUAUUUUCCCAACCAAUACGUUGAACAGAGUGAGUUAGAAGAGCAUGAUGGUGUCUCGAAAGGGAAAUACACUAUCGGACUUGGCCAGCAGAAGAUGGGGUUCUGCAAUGAUAGAGAAGAUAUCCAUUCCCUCUGUUUAACAGUUGUCCAAAGGUUAUUGGAGAAGAACAAAAUUGGUUAUGGAGAAAUAGGAAGAUUGGAAGUUGGCACUGAAACUAUAAUUGACAAGUCCAAGAGUGUUAAAACGGUGCUUAUGCAAUUGUUUAAGCCCAGUGGUAACACAGAUAUUGAGGGUGUAGAUACUACCAAUGCCUGCUAUGGAGGAACAGCUGCAUUGUUUAAUGCCGUAAACUGGAUCCAGUCUCAGUUUUGGGAUGGCCGCUAUGCUCUUGUUGUUGCUGGAGAUGUAGCAGUCUAUCCCCCAGGUCCAGCCAGGCCAACGGGAGGAGCAGGUGCAAUUGCAAUGCUAAUUGGACCAAAUGCCCCUAUAACUUUUAAUAGAGUACGAGCGACUCACAUGGAACAUGUGUAUGAUUUCUAUAAGCCUGAUUUGUCAUCCGAAUUCCCUACUGUCGAUGGAAAAAUCUCAAUCGAAUGCUAUUUAAGUGCCCUGGACUGCUGUUAUGAGAGAUACUGCAAAAAAGAAAACCGUCCAGACGUCAGCUUUGACGACUUUGAUUACUUUUGCUUCCAUUCACCCUACUGCAAGUUGGUGCAAAAGAGCUUUGCUCGUCUCUGCGUCAACGAUUACUUUCUCUACAGUGAUAAAGAACAAUCGGAUAGCAAGUAUCCAGAUCUAGUGCCUUUCAAGAAUUUAAAUCUGAAGGAAACUUAUUUUAAUCGAGAAUUAGAACAAGCUGCAGUCAAGUGUAGUAAAACCUCUUUUGAAGCCAAAACUCUUCCUUCUUUGAUGAUUGCUAGCAUGGUGGGAAACAUGUACACUCCUUCCUUAUAUGGAGGAUUGGUGUCCCUUCUGGUCAAUAAAAAUGCUGAAUCUUUGCUGGGCAAGCGGAUCGGUAUGUUUUCGUAUGGAUCCGGCCUUGCAUCGUCCAUGUUUUCAUUACAAGUGAGUAAAGAUGCUGGCCGAGUUGAAUCGUUGCUGGCUUCUCUGGGAGACAUUCCCAGCCGCCUGGAAGCUCGCACAGCUUUGCCGCCCGCCGAAUUUACUACCAUUUUGAAAGCCAAAGAAGAUUCUUACAAUAAAGCUCCAUAUCAGCCAACCGCCUCGUUGGAUACGUUGACAUCAGGAACGUAUUACCUGAUAGAAGUGGAUCCGCAAUAUCGGCGUACCUAUGGUCGUCGUCCCUAGAUGUCUCUCUAAGUCGCUCAGCCGGAUGGAAAAUGAAUGAAAAGCCAUUAGGAAAGACCCAUUUUUUAAACGUUCAUUCGUUUAUAAAGUUAAGUAGUUACACAUAUGGGGGGAAAAGAGUUCUCUAUCUCAUCAAAACAAAUCAGUUUACACACCUUGUAAUACAUUUUGACCAUUUAGUUACAAA